GGAAUUCUCUCUUAAAACUUUGCACUAUUUGGAGGCCAGAAGUCCAAAACUUAACAAACAACUUAUUUGCAGUUCCGUGCUCUCUCAUAUACUUCGUAUAAGCUGAAUGAUCUUUCUUGAUGCAGCUUCAUCAAGUACAACGACUUUGAGCUACCAAGGUUUCAUUCCUCCGAGCGGCACACACCAUAAGUUAGGGUUUUUGCUCGUUGAAUUUUUCCACUCAAUUUAAAGUUGUCUGUUGCAAGGUCGGGGGUCGAAUGGCGUGUCUAUACAUUCCAGUGCAGAACUCGGAGGAGGAGGUCCGAGUUGCUCUGGACCAGCUUCCUAGAGACGCUUCAGAUAUACUCGACAUUCUUAAAGCCGAACAAGCUCCUCUUGAUCUCUGGCUAAUUAUCGCUAGGGAAUAUUUCAAACAAGGCAAAGUUGAACAAUUCCGGCAAAUACUGGAAGAGGGAUCUAGCCCAGAAAUUGACGAAUAUUAUGCAGAUGUGAGGUAUGAUAGAAUUGCAAUUUUAAAUGCACUGGGGGCAUAUUAUAGCUAUCUUGGAAAGAUUGAGACAAAACAGAGAGAAAAGGAGGAUCACUUUAUAAUGGCAACUCAGUACUAUAAUAGAGCAUCAAGAAUUGACAUGCACGAGCCUUCUACUUGGGUUGGGAAAGGUCAGCUUUUACUGGCCAAAGGGGAUAUAGAACAGGCAUUUUCUGCCUUCAAGAUUGUAUUGGAUGGAGAUCGAGACAAUGUUCCUGCCCUCCUAGGUCAGGCAUGUGUUCAAUUUAGUCGGGGACGGUUUCCAGAUUCAUUGGAAUUGUACAAGCGGGCUCUGCAAGUGUAUCCUCAAUGUCCUGCUGCGGUAAGACUUGGAAUUGGUCUUUGCCGAUAUAAGUUGGGUCAAGUUAUGAAGUCAAAGCAAGCAUUUCAGCGUGUUUUGGAGUUGGAUCCAGAAAAUGUGGAAGCUCUUGUGGCACUUGCUAUUCUGGAUUUGCAAACCAAUGAAGCUGGUGACAUUAAGAGUGGAAUGGAAAAGAUGCAAAGAGCUUUUGAAAUAUAUCCUUAUUGUGCGAUGUCACUGAAUUACUUAGCCAAUCAUUUUUUCUUCACCGGCCAACAUUUUCUUGUUGAGCAACUUACUGAAACUGCACUUUCUGUUACCAAUCAUGGGCCAACUAAGUCACAUUCUUACUACAAUUUGGCACGCUCAUACCAUAGCAAGGGAGACUAUGAAAAAGCUGGAAUGUACUAUAUGGCAUCAGUAAAAGAAAUUAAUAAGCCACAUGAAUUUGUCUUGCCCUAUUAUGGGCUAGGACAAGUUCAACUGAAAUUGGGAGAUCUUAGGAGUUCGCUGUCAAAUUUUGAAAAGGUAUUGGAGGUGUGUCCAGAGAACUGUGAGACACUUAAAUCUCUUUCUCACAUUUAUGUGCAACUUGGGCAACCGGAAAAGGGUUUGGAGUAUUUGAGGAAAGCCACCAAAAUUGAUCCCCGUGAUCCUCAGGCAUUUUUGGAUCUUGGUGAACUUUUAAUUUCAACGGAUGCAAGUGCUGCAUUAGAUGCCUUUAGAACGGCGCGUAAUCUACUGAAAAGGGCAAAUGAGGAAGUACCUAUUGAGCUGCUCAAUGACAUUGGUGUCCUUCAUUUCGAAAGAGGAGAAUUUGAGCUUGCAGGACAAUGUUUCAAGGAUGCUCUAGGUGAUGGCAUAUGGUGUAAGUUUUUGGGGGCUAAACUGCAGUCCGAUGCUUAUGUGGACACUUCAAAUUGUGAAGGACUUCAGCACUCCAAUGGUGAAGUAUCAUGUGACCUUAUCAAAAGCGUGCAAUAUCCAGUGGAUGCCAGUGCAUCCAUGCGUCAAUACAAAGACAUCCAAUUUUUUUGCAGACUUGAGGAACAGGGCAUUGCGGUAGAACUUCCAUGGAAUAAAGUUUCUGUGCUGUUUAACAAUGCAAGAUUGCUGGAACAGUUAUAUGACACAGAAACAGCCAGUAUCUUUUACCGACUAAUCUUGUUUAAGUAUCCAGACUAUGUAGAUGCCUAUCUGAGACUUGCGGCAAUAGCCAAAGCGCGAAAUAAUGUUCAGCUGAGCAUUGAGCUGAUUGGUGAUGCUCUCAAAGUGGACGAUAAGUGCCCAAAUGCAUUAUUAAUGCUCGGUGAUCUAGAAAUUAAAAAUGACGAUUGGGUCAAGGCAAAGGAAACAUUUCGAGUGGCUAAGGAUGCGACCGGUGGUCGUGAAUCUUAUGCUACUAUUUGUCUGGGAAAUUGGAACUACUUUGCUGCAAUUCGCAAUGAGAAAAGAGCUCCCAAAUUGGAAGCUACGCAUCUGGAGAAGGCUAAGGAGCUCUAUACCAAAGUUCUCUUUCAGCAGAACUCUAGUCUAUAUGCAGCAAAUGGUGCUGGUGUUAUUUUGGCAGAAAAAGGUCAAUUUGAUAUAUCAAAAGAUCUGUUCACCCAGGUUCAAGAAGCAGCAAGUGGAAAUGUUUUUGUGCAGAUGCCAGAUGUAUGGAUAAAUCUUGCACAUGUUCACUUUGCUCAAGGCAAUUUUGCACUUGCAGUGAAAAUGUAUCAAAAUUGCUUGAGGAAAUUUUAUGACAAUACCGACAGUCAGGUGCUUCUCUAUUUAGCAAGAACACAUUAUGAAGCUGAGCAGUGGCAGGACUGCAAAAAGUCUCUAUUAAGAGCCAUUCACUUAUCACCUUCAAAUUACACUUUAAGAUUUGAUGCUGGUGUAGCACUGCAAAAGUUCUCAGCUUCAACCUUACAGAAGACAAAGAGGACUGUAGAUGAGGUGAGGUCAACUGUUGCAGAGCUUAAAAAUGCAGUUCGGUUAUUCAGCAUGUUAUCUACUGCUUCAAAUCUUCACCUGCAUGGGUUUGAUGAGAAAAAGAUUGAUACACAUGUUGAGUAUUGCAAGCACUUGCUUGAUGCGGCAAAAGUCCAUUGUGAGGCAGCAGAGCUAGAAGAUCUAGCAAUUAAGGAAAGACGUGCGCUUGCUCGCCAGGUUGAUUUGACCCAGGAAAAUGAAAGAAAGGCCGAAGAACAGAAAAAAUACCAAAUGGAGAGACGGAAACAGGAGGAUGAACUUAAGCGAGUGAUGCAACAAGAAGAAAACCUAUUGCGCAAAAAGGAACAAUGGAAAAGUAGUACUUCUGCCUCUAAGAGAAAGGACAGGUCCCACACUGGGGAUGACAAUGGGGGCAACGGUGACCGGAGGAGGAAAAAAGGUGGGGGAAAGCGCAGAAAGAGGGACAAUAAAUCACGCUAUGAUUCCGAGGGUGCGGUUAUGGAUGAUCAAUAUAUGGACGAAGAUGCUAAUAUGAAUUACAAAGAUCAAGAUGAUCACGCUGACGAGAACAACCCACAGGAUCUGCUUGCUGCAGCUGGGCUUGAAGAUUCUGAUGCCGAUAAUGAUUAUGCAUCUGAACCUCCAUCAAAUGUGAAGCGACGGGGGCAUGAAUGGUCUGAAUCAGAAGAGGAAGAUGAACCAUUGCAGAAGCAGGAUGAUAUUGAGAGAAGGGAUAGUGAUGAUGGUGAAAAGCUGAAUGAGGAUGCUGGUGAUGACUUAUAGUGAGCUGCACAUAAGAUAUGUGAUCAGUGACGGACCAAGCGCCUCGAGAUGUGAAGCUUAGUGGUAAUGGCUUAAAGUGUGCUGCACAUAAGAAAUAUGAUGGCUACUCGAUUGUGGACUAAUUGAAUAGUAGGCUGGAAAGGCAAUCUCUUGUACGCUGUUGUUUCUUAGCAGUCAUGGUUAAACUCUUCUUAUUACUUUUGUUGUUAUUGUUAUUAUUCAAUUAAACUUGAAACAUGGGGGUUUUGACAUGAAUAUUAGGACUAAGUUUUAGAUAAAAAAGGGACCCUGUUUUGAGCUUCCAAAAAUGUAACUAAAUAAGCUCUAGAUCUGAAAAUUCUUAAAUGCAUAUUUAC